UGCAUGCUGGCCUUGUAGAAAAUUGGCCUGUCUCCCCAGAGGAGGGGAAAGAAUUGUGCAGCUGGGGGAGAAGCUGGAAGCCAGAGGGAGGCGGUAGGGCUUGACUGACAAAAGGGAGGCUGGCUUUUUGGACUGCUCUUAGCAACAGCCUUGGUUUGACCCUCCUCAGCCCUGAGAAAAUCAAAUCAGUGUCCGGUUCUUCAACGCAUGAUGCAACAUCAGCAGCUGAACGUCAAGGCAGCCCUCCUCUCUGCCUGUUAAUUACAGGGGCUUUCUGAUCGUAUGGUUCCUCCUGCCUUUACAAAGUGCUACUGAGAAGGGGGAAGAAAGGACCACCGCCGAUACCCUUACUGCUCCAGGUUCAGGCUUGAUUGUGAAACCCCAUUGGCUUCCUCGGCUCCUUGAUUUAAACCACGCCCGGCUUUCUGCCCGCUUCGCUGCUGCUGGGCCAGGCCAUCAUCACCCAGCCCCAUCCCAGCUUAGAGGGACCCCGGGGGGCGGCGGCGGUGCUAUUGUGUGGAUGCCGCGCGUGUCCUCUCUUCUCUUCCAGAGAUGGCUAACAGGGGCCCGAGCUAUGGUCUAAGCCGAGAGGUGCAGGAGAAGAUCGAGCAGAAGUAUGACGCGGACCUGGAGAACAAGCUGGUGGACUGGAUCAUCCUGCAAUGCGCCGAGGACAUAGAGCAUCCGCCCCCCGGCAGGGCCCACUUUCAGAAAUGGUUAAUGGACGGGACGGUCCUAUGUAAACUGAUAAACAGUUUAUAUCCACCAGGACAAGAACCCAUCCCAAAGAUCUCAGAGUCAAAGAUGGCUUUUAAGCAGAUGGAGCAAAUCUCCCAGUUCCUAAAAGCAGCGGAGAUCUACGGAGUCAGGACCACGGACAUUUUUCAGACAGUGGAUCUAUGGGAAGGGAAGGACAUGGCGGCUGUGCAGAGGACCCUGAUGGCUCUAGGGAGUGUUGCAGUCACCAAAGAUGAUGGUUGCUACCGGGGAGAGCCAUCCUGGUUUCACAGGAAAGCCCAGCAGAACCGGAGAGGUUUUUCAGAGGAGCAACUUCGCCAGGGACAGAACGUAAUAGGCCUUCAGAUGGGCAGCAACAAGGGAGCGUCCCAGGCGGGCAUGACUGGGUAUGGGAUGCCCAGGCAGAUCAUGUAAGACGCCGAAUCCCACUCCCUGUAGAGAGGACGAAUGCUCCACACCACAGUCUCUAUGGAAAAGAAAUAGUUAGUCACCUUCUGACCUCCUCUUUCUCAAAGCCUCCUGUCCUUCGUUUUUUGCAAGUGCUGCAUUUCUGCUGAGAAUCCACGUUGCCUACUGCUGCCACCUUCUGUUCAUUUAGAACUAUGCAAAGACUCCGCUUCCUCGUCCUGAGAUCCUUUUUGGCCCUAAAGCCUUUGUUUGUUUGUUUGAUUAUUUAUUUACUUAUUUAUUUGCCAGCAAUUUUCGCCCGCCCCCAACUUAUAGAAAGCACCUAAUAAAAAAUUAGUCUUGUGUCUUAAA